ACCCCGAAAUGGCUUUGACGGAGGCGCUUUUUCUCAUUGUGGGCGUGCUGAGCGCUAUUUACCUGUGGUUCCAGCGCAAUCACAGUUAUUGGCAGCGCAAGGGCUUGCCCUUUAUGCCGCCCUCGCCCAUUAUUGGCAAUACUGCGUCUGUGUUCAAGCAGGAGAGCUCGUUCGGCAUGUACAUCUCGAAAGUGUACAGUGACCCAAGGAUGCAGGAUGAGGCCGUUGUGGGCAUCUAUGUGGUUAACAAGCCAGCUCUGGUCAUUCGCGAGCCGGAACUAAUUAAAUCAGUGCUAAUCAAGGAUUUCAAUCGUUUCUCUAAUCGCUAUGGACGCUGUGAUCCGCAUGGCGACGCGUUAGGCUCCAAUAAUCUGUUCUUUGUGCGUAGUCCGCAGUGGAAGGAGAUACGCACCAAGUUGACGCCCGUCUUUACCAGCGGCAAGGUUAAGCAAAUGUAUCCACUAAUGUUGGAGAUAGCUGCGGAUCUGGAGUCACAUUUGGCCAGGCAUCGUCCAGCACAGGGUGCCGAAUACAUAACAGAAGUCAAGGACAUAUGCGCAAGAUUCACCACGGAUUCAAUUGCUACCAUUGCAUUCGGGGUGCGCGCAAACAGCUUGGCAAAUCCCGAUGCUGAGUUUCGCUCCCAGGGACGUAAGGUCCUCGAGGCCAGUCUGUCGCGCAGCAAGGAUUACUUUGUUGCCUUUUUUAUGCCAAAGUUGGUGUCGUUUCUUCGCAUUAAGUUCUUUACGGAGGAAUAUUCGAAUUUUAUUCGCAACACCAUCAACCAUGUGAUAUCGGAGCGGGAGCGCACGGCCACUGUGCGCAACGAUCUAAUUGAUGUCCUAGUUGGUUUACGCAAGGAGGCAGCCCUGGAGCCCAGCAAGCCGCAUCUGGCCAAUAACAAUGACUUUUUAGUUGCUCAAGCAGGUGUUUUCUUCACGGCUGGGUUUGAGACCAGCUCAUCUACAAUGGCUUUUGGUCUGCUGGAGCUGGCCAAGCAGCCGGAACUGCAGGAACGUCUGCGCCAGGAAAUCAAUGAAGCUUUGGUGGAGGACGGAGGCAAGUUGAGCUAUGAGAAAAUCAAUUCACUGGGAUACCUAGCCAUGGUGGUCGAUGAGGUGUUGCGCCUGUACCCAGUGCUGCCUUUUCUGGAUCGCGAAUAUCAGAGCAUUCAAGGCCAGCCGGAUCUGUCUCUCAAGCCCUACUAUGAUUAUAAGUUGGAGAACGGCACGCCUGUUUUUAUCCCUGUUUAUGGACUACAGCGUGAUCCCAAGUACUGGCCAAAUCCGCAUCACUUUGAUCCCGAACGCUUCUCACCGGAGAAUCGCAAAUCUAUUGAGCCCAUGGCCUAUCAACCCUUUGGUCUGGGCCCGCACAACUGCAUUGGAAGUCGUAUUGGCCUGCUCCAGGCCAAACUGGGUCUGGUGCACUUCCUCAAGAAUCAUUCUGUGCGCUGCUGUUCGCAGACUCCCAAGGAUAUUAAAUUUGAUGCCAAGACCUUUGUGCUGCAGCUGGAUAAGGGCAUGUUACUAGAGAUUGUGUACGAUAGACUUUAUGAUGAAAAUGCUCGCGUACUCAGUCAACUUUUUGCAAGUGUUAUUCUGGACGCGCUAAUUGUCGGUACUUAUGAUCACGCAAGGAAAUUUUUGAAUUAUCAAAACUAUCUAUUAGACCCCGAAAUGGCUUUGACGGAGGCGCUUUUUCUCAUUGUGGGCGUGCUGAGCGCUAUUUACCUGUGGUUCCAGCGCAGUCACAGUUAUUGGCACCGCAAGGGCUUGCCCUUUAUGCCGCCCUCGCCCAUUAUUGGCAAUACAGCGUCUGUGUUCAAGCAGGAGAGCUCGUUCGGCAUGUACAUCUCGAAAGUGUACAGUGAGCCAAGGAUGCAGGAUGAGGCCGUUGUGGGCAUCUAUGUCAUCAACAAGCCAGGUCUGGUCAUACGCGAGCCGGAACUAAUUAAAUCCGUGCUAAUCAAGGACUUCAAUCGCUUCUCCAAUCGCUAUGCACGCUGCGAUCCACAUGGCGAUCCGCUGGGCUACAACAAUCUGUUCUUUGUGCGCAACCCACAUUGGAAGGAGAUACGCAGUAAGCUGACGCCCGUUUUUACCAGCGGCAAGGUCAAGCAAAUGUAUCCACUAAUAGUGGAGAUAGCUGAGAAUCUGGAGUCACAUUUGGCCCGGCAUCGUCCAGCACAGGGUGCCGAAUACAUAACAGAAGUCAAGGACAUAUGCGCAAGAUUCACCACGGAUUCAAUUGCUACCAUUGCAUUCGGGGUGCGCGCAAACAGCUUGGCAAAUCCCGAUGCUGAGUUUCGCAACCAGGGACGCAAAGUCCUUGAAGCAACGCUGUUGCGCUGCAAGGAUUUCUUUAUAGCCUUCUUUUUGCCAAAGUUGGUGUCGCUGUUUCGGGUUAAGUUCUUUACGGAGGAAUAUUCAAAUUUUAUUCGCAACACCAUCAACCAUGUGAUAUCGGAGCGGGAGCGCACGGCCACUGUGCGCAACGAUCUAAUUGAUGUCCUAGUUGGUUUACGCAAGGAGGCAGCCCUGGAGCCCGGCAAGCCUCAUCUGGCCAAUAACAAUGACUUUUUGGUGGCACAGGCGGGUGUUUUUUUUACGGCUGGCUAUGAGACCAGCUCAUCUACAAUGGCUUUUGGUCUGCUGGAGCUGGCCAAGCAGCCGGAACUGCAGGAACGUCUGCGCCAGGAAAUCAAUGAAGCUUUGGUGGAGGAGGGAGGCAAGUUGAGCUAUGAGAAAAUCAAUUCACUGGGAUACCUAGCCAUGGUGGUCGAUGAGGUGUUGCGCCUGUACCCAGUGCUGCCUUUUCUGGAUCGCGAAUAUCAGAGCAUUCAAGGCCAGCCGGAUCUGUCUCUCAAGCCCUACUAUGAUUAUAAGUUGGAGAACGGCACGCCUGUUUUUAUCCCUGUCUAUGGACUACAGCGUGAUCCCAAGUACUGGCCAAAUCCGCAUCACUUUGAUCCCGAACGCUUCUCACCGGAGAAUCGCAAAUCUAUUGAGCCCAUGGCCUAUCAACCCUUUGGUCUGGGCCCGCACAACUGCAUUGGAAGUCGCAUUGGCCUGCUCCAGGCCAAACUGGGUCUGGUGCACUUCCUCAAGAAUCAUUCUGUGCGCUGCUGUUCGCAGACUCCCAAGGAUAUUAAAUUUGAUGCAAAGGCCAUAGUGCUGCAGCUGGAAACGGGCAUGUUCCUUGAGAUCGUUAACGAUAGACUUUAUGACGAGAAGGCUGUCUGAUUUUAGCUUUAAGAUUUUCAUAUAUAAGUAUUUACGUUGUUCGUGAUUGAAGAAAUUUCAUUAUAUUUACUUUGUUAUUUCUUUAUAUAACAUAUUUGAUUAAAAAUGUUUGUUAUUUUACAAUAAA